AUGUGUCGGUUGUUAGGGAUAAAGAAGACGAGGACUACACCAUUGCACCCGCAAUCAGAUGGAAUGGUAGAGCGGUACAACCGUACUUUGAAAAGACAGUUGUCACUUUUUGUCGAAGAACAUCAACGUGAUUGGGAUGUCCACAUCCCUCUGCUCUUAAUGGCAUACCGAACAGCAGUUCAUAAUUCAACCAAAUUUACUCCUGCUCGUUUAAUGAUGGGACACGAGAUUCGCGCGCCGAUUGAUUUGACCUAUGGUUCUCCUGAGGAUGAAAGGGCUGAGAAUCUACCACAAUAUGUGCAAGAUCUUCAACAAAGCUUGGAAGAAGUACAUGAGUUUGCUAGGAAACAUUCGACAAGGAAUUACUACGAUAUGGAAAAACGAUACAAUGCUAAUUCAAAUGCUUAUACUUUGGAAGAAAAGAUUCUAGUUUGGUUAUAUAACCCCCGCAAAAAGAAAGGUCGAACGCCUAAGUUAACAAGGCCUUGGGAAGGUCCGUUUGUCAUAGUAAAAAAACUAAAUGAUCUGGUUUACCGAAUCCAACGGAAUAAGCAAAGCAAACCCAAGGUGGUACACCGGAACCGUUUAUGGAAAUUUCGAGGUGAACAAGAAGACUUGUGGAAAUAUGAGGAUCAACCUUCUACCGGAACAGGUGGGGUGGAAAAAGAAGAUGGAACAAGUGAUGAUCACGAAGAACUACCAACAACGAGUACUUCAAGUACAACGUUAAGGAGGAGCAGUCGGAAUAGAAAACCCCGAAAU